AUGAUUGAUGUAGAUGAUUUGAUCACUGCUCUAAAAGAUUUGACUGAAACUGCAAACAAACUUCCAGUUGGAACUGAUUAUAGCAUUGAGACAUUAGAUGACAGCAUAAUGGAAAAAUUAAAUUCAAUUCAAGCUCAAGUCAUCUAUAUCACGCAAUUAACUGUUGAUUUUAUAGAUCCUAUUAAUGAUGACAUUAAUAAAAACAUUAUCGAAAAUAGAUGCGAAUUAGCAAUCACGAAACUAUUGGAUAGCUCAUUCAUUAACGAGAAACAAAAUGUUUUGAGUUUAAAUGAAUCGAAAGAUAAUGAUAUCAUUGAAGAAGAAAUUAAUGGAAGGAUAUUUUAUUAUUCAAAAUCGAUUGCAAAACCUCUUAAGUAUAAUUCAACUUAUUCAGAAGUUCCACAGUUUCCUCAAAUAACUUUCACUCCUGAUUUUCUCACUCUUUGUUCAUUUAAAUCAGAUUUUUCAUAUCAAUUCAUUGAUAAAGAGGAAGAUUUAAAACGUGUUAUUUUCAAGUUAAAAAGUAUGACCACAUUAUUUAUUUCAAUUGAAAUACAUAGAGUUAGAACUUAUAUACCAUUUCCAUGUCUGAUAGUACUGUAUAGUCCAUAUGUUGGGAUUUUUAUUAUUGACUUACUUAAAUUAAGAUGUUGUACUGGCAUUUUAAGUGAAUUAUUAUAUAACAAAGAAAUUAUUAAAAUCUUUUUUGACAAAGAAUUAUUCAAAAUAAUGCAUGAAUCAUUAGGGAUUUAUGUAUAUCCGUAUGUAGAUUUGUCAUUAGUUAAUACUCAAAGUUUAGAACACAUUUUUAAGCAAGAAUUUGAUGGAUUAUGUGUUGUUGAUUGGAGAAUAAGACCUUUUACAGAUGAAUUAAUUAAUAUUGCUGUUAGAAGAGUUAAUGUCCUCCCUAAAAUUACAAUUAAAUCAAAAAUAGAUUUAAAUAUAAUUAACAAAAUGAAUGUUCAUGAAAAAGAAGAAUUUAUGCAUCAAAAAUUCACAAAAGAAAUGGCAAGGGAGCUUGUAGUUCAUUUAUGCUCAAAAUUUGGAAAUCUCAAUAGCAAUGGUCUAAAGAUUCUAGAAGAACUAUUAUUAUGGAGGGAUGAAAAGGCAUAUUUAGAGGAUGAGUCUCCAAAUUUUAUAGCUUUAGAUAAAGAGAUGUGGAUUUUAUCAUAUAUUCAACCAAUGAGUUCUGAAGAGUUGAUAUCAUGUCUUGGAGAAAAUAUUUCGCCUUACUUAAAAGAAGAUAUUAAUGGUAUUGUUGGUAUUAUCAAAAAUAGAAACUAUCGAAGUAAAGGACGGAGAAAAAUUAGCGAUCAUAUUAAUAAUUAA